AUGUCCGCAACCACAGAACACACUGAGAACGUCUCAGCCGACGGUCCUCAAACUCAGCUCACACUCGCCUCCAAGGUUAUUGCCAUCACCGGCGCAAACCGCGGCAUAGGCCUAGGAAUCGCCGAAUCCUGCCUCACAAAUGGCGCAUCACACGUCUACUCAAUCGACAUCGGUGACCCCGGCGAUGACUUCGCUUCCCUCUCCACGCGUUUCCCAGGAAAACUCCACGCCAUAGCCGCCGACGUGACGCGGGAAGAAACCAUCAUCGCGGCCAUCGACAACAUCAUUUCCGAAGCUGGCGGGUUACACGGGAUGGUAGUAAACGCGGGGCGCACGCACCACAAGGCAGCGCUAGAUUUCACCAAGGAGGAGAUUGAGACGUUGUUCAACGUGAAUCUCUUCGGGUCGUUCUUUACGGCUCGCGCGGCGGCGAAGGCCUUUAUUCGGUUGGGCGUUAAGGGGAGUAUUGUUUUCACCGCGAGUAUGGCCAGUUAUAGGCCUAAUAAGAGAGUUCCAUCGGCGCCCUAUGGUGCUUCCAAAGCCGGUGUCCGGAAUAUGACACACACGCUUGCCAUGGAAUGGGCGCAGUACGGGAUCCGAGUGAACAGUGUCUCGCCUGGGCUUGUACAGACAGCUAUGACAUAUUGGGUGCCGCAGCAACCGGACUGGGAGCAGCAGUUGAAGUACUACGGAGGGAUCCCGAGACUGGCGCAGGUACAGGAGCUGGGUGGUGCGUAUGUAUACUUGCUUAGUGAUGCGGCGAGCUAUACUACGAGUAUCGAUAUCCCGGUUAAUGGGGUUAUUGGAAAUCAGCGGUUCUAA